GCGUGGAGUUUUCAUGUGUAACAUGAAACUGCAAGUUUUGUAGUAGUGCGUCUGAGGUGUAUAUAAUGCUGAAGAAGGUAGAAUAGCCAUAUCAAACGAGUGUGGUGUUUGAAGCUGUGUUGACGUGUUUCUAAUUCACCUAUUAUAAAUCGGUGUCGCUGACUUAAUGAACAUGGCUCAAGAGAAUACAGUAUCUUUCAAAGUGUUCCUGCAGGACGAACAUGAAAGCGAAGUACGUCGGUUUGGUGUGGACCGUAAUGUGGUGGCCAAUUUUAACUACCUUAAGGAGAAACUGCAAGCAGUUUUCCCAUCCCUGCGUGGGCGUGUCUUUAUCGUUGCAUGGAAAGAUGCCGAUGGUGAUGAAAUCAUCAUUUCCAGUGACGAUGAAUUGAUAAUUGCACUAACUGAAUCACAGACAGAAGUGCGCAAACUAUAUGUAACCCCACAUGCUAGAUCUGCAGAACAGCAUGAACAUUUUUUUCAAGGUCUGCAUCAGCAUGUCGGUGUGGCAUGUGAUGUGUGUGAGAAGGCAGUGCAAGGGUUUCGCUACAAGUGCAUUCAGUGCCCUGACUUCGAUCUUUGCGCCACCUGCGAGAGCAAGAGUCAUCAUCCUGAGCACUGCAUGAUACGCAUACCAGUCCCCACAUCUUGGCGUCCUCACUUUGGCAGACGAUUGGCCCAUCACCUGGCAAAAUCAGCACACAAAAGUGGGUGGGAGCCUGAGGCAGGCCAUUGUCCAUGGAGACCUCAUGGUGGGAGGCGUCAUGGUGGGAGACAUCAUGGUGUAGCACCAGGGUGGUUGGAAGCCCUUGCUUCGUACUUCAACGAGUGGACAAAUCUUUCAGGCGAAGAAGAACCUCCCGUUAAUGAUAACUCCGCUGGCCCUUCAAGUAGCAAGCAGCACAAACAACAAGAACAGCAAGAAGAUGCCCAUAUUCAGUAUCUGAGAAACAUCGGACAGACGGUGGCCAGUGUAUUGGAUCCGUUGGGCAUUGAUGUGGAUAUAGAGGUGCGAACUAGAAACAAGGAUGAAAAAGCAGGAGAUGCAAAGAAUAAAACUGAUAAUACAAAAGAUGGGAAGAAUAAUGUUUCUGGGGAAGAGCAGACCAAUGCUAUGGAGGUAGAUGAGAAGCAUCAGAAGGAAGCAAGUGCAUCAGCACCCAGAGCUGAGCGUGAAAGUACAGAAUCUGAGGGCUGGACGGUUGUGAAUCAAGAUGCCACGCAGCAAGGCAUUGCCACUCCCAAUCCAUCUGCUGUAGCUGGCGCAGGUGCAGAAACCGCGACUGCACCACAGCAUUUGGCCACAGCAUCAAGCUCCACAUAUAACAGCGCGCCAGUGUCGAGUGGCAACAUGUAUCCCAGUGUGUUUGCUCUGCCAAACCAUGCUCCUCUCCCGCCUAUGCAGCCUCCACUUCUUCCCCAGCCGGUGCAGAUGCCUCUUCCUGCCAGCUCCUUGUUUGUUCCACCACAGGCAUUCAUACAGCACUCUCCUGCCGCAAGGCCACACAUAGCUGACGCAGUGGAGAAGAUGAUGUCCAUGGGAUUCAGCAAUGAGGGUGGUUGGUUGACCCAGCUGCUUGAAAGCAAGAAUGGAAACAUUGAAAAAGUCUUGGAUGUGUUGCAACCUGUUAAGAAGAUUUAAAAAGAAACAAGAAGGCAUGUAUUAUUUUUUGCUUGGCAAUUUAAUGUAGAAGGUUGUGGUAUAGAUGUAUUAGAAUGUUCUUUAUAACACAUGCAUUAUAUAUUUGUCUUGUUUUAUUUUAUUAUCUUUUUGAUUGCUGCAGAAUUUCAGUUUCGCAAAAAAGAAAAGGUGUGGAGCUGCAUGUGUUUAAUUAAUCAAACUGGUAACUUUACCUUUUCUACCUUGCAAGGAUAGAUGGGUGUCAUAUAUAUAGGGUAGAGAAGGCGUGUCUAGUAUUUUAACAUGCCUGUACUUGGUGUAUAAAGUCUGAUUUGAGAACUGGUUACACUUCAUUAUGUUGCAUAUGUUCAAUAAAUUGAAAAUAAAGAUUUGUGACUACGUUA